CAAAAAAGCUUUUGAAGCAAGUUACUAAGUUAGCCAUAGCCGCUUGGCGCUGUCCUCUUCGUCUUCUCUCGUCUUCUUCUUCUUCUUCUUCUUCUCUCUCUCUUUCGUUUUCUUAUUAAGUGGAGAAUUUGCUGGAGGAGUAGUAGUGAAAUCCAAUGGAGGGUGGUUGGUUUCAGGAGAUAUGGGAGAUGGAGAUGAGCAAAGUAGAGAGCUAGAGAAUUCGUCUUCGAGUCGUGUUCCUAGUGUUGCAAAUGCAGAAGCAAGAAUGAAGUUUGCUUCCGUGGAUGCUUUAUCAGAGUUAGUUUGGUCUCCUCGGAACGGUCUAAGCCUAAGAUGUGCAGAUUUCAGUUUCACUGGAAAGGCAAAAUUACGCUCUCCUAACUUCUUUGAUUCAGGACAAACCAACAUGGAGCUUCGUUCCAAUAGCACAAGUAUCGAGCGACAGCAACAACAAGAAGAAGACGAAACGGUAAAUGUCCAGUUGAGAGCACAAGAUCAAGUUAACCAAGCGUGUAGCGGGAUGAAUAGACCAUUGUCAGGGAUUGGUGGUUCUGUUGAGGAUAAGGUUGAAAUCAAUGAUGAUAUAGAGAGUGAAGAAGCAGGAAGUUCCAAAAGAUCGUCAGAAGCUUUGUUGGCUAAUGAGCAGCUGAGGAUGGAGAGUGCUGGAUCUCAAGAAGAACCGACUAACCGUGGAGAUAAAGAAGAAGAGGAUAAGAUGAAUAUUAAUCGAGUUGAUCGUUUAGAGUCAAUGGAUGAGAACAACCUCACAAUUCUUGCUGUUGUAGCAUGUGAAGGAAAAGGAGAAUACUUUCCAGAAGGUGAGGCAGAUGUUGAGAAGGCUGGACCAAGUGUCUCCUAUAGUCGUCAUGCCAAAGAGAAAGGGAAAGAAAAAGCUUUAUCUGAUGAAAACUUUGAUGAGAAUGAAAAUGAUGAUGAAAGUUUCGGGAGUGUAGAAAGUUGCAAUAGUGCGGGUUUGCUCUCGAGGGGAAAGAAAAGGCCAGGCUUUGAGCAACAGCUGAUUCUUGGAAGCAAACGGCUCAAAACGCUAAGUCAAGAAUGUUUGGGGUCAACUUCAAAGCUCAAGCAAGAUAGUUCUUUUAUGAAUUGGAUAUCAAACAUGACAAAAGGAAUCUGGAAAGGUAAUGAAGAAGACGAUUCUCCUUUUGUAGCUCUCACUUCAGAUGCUAAUGGUCAUGGCCAUGGCCAAGUCAAUGUGAUUGUUGACCAACAAGAGUUGAAUCCAUGCUGUGUGAAGGAAAAUAGCGGAUGCAGAAACACCGGUUUCCAGUCUUUUUUCCAGUCUAUAUAUUGUCCGAAGAAACAAAGUCAAGAUGCCGUGGAGAUGGAUAUCUCAAAUGAUGCGAAUGCUACUUCUUUGCAGGAGCUUCCCUGGAUUCCUGAACAACAAUGUGACGUUACCAAAGGGGAUCACUUAUCUUCAUCUGGUAAUGAGAUUGGUCCAGUGGCUGAACCCAACAUUUCAUCAGGAAAAGAUGGAUUUAAUCAGACAAGCGAACCGCUCUCGUCAGAGAACAAACAUGAGGAUAACAAAGAGCCAAACAUCUCUUUGAUGCCUCUUAGUAAGUCUAAGCCGAACGAAGAACCAAAAGUCCGCGGUGAAACUGAUGGGAAGGUUAGUCCGUGUGUAACCAACAGAAAUUCCGGUCUUGAAAGUUUGUGGAUAAGCAGAUUUUCUUCUAAGAGUUCAUUCCCUCAGAAAAAGGCCAAUGAUUCAGCCUCAGACGCAGCUCAAACCCGUGAUUCGCAGAAGAUGCUGGCAGACAGUAAUGUUGUAAUACCCAGUAUCAGCUCGCUAGAUAGGCUGGAUAAACAGAACACGGCUCUUCCCAAAGUUUCUGCAAUGAGAAUAGAGUCUUCAGAAAUAAUGGCUUCUUUGUUUGAAAGAAAGUUAGAAGCUAUGAAAUGCAUCAUUCCCUCAUGUUCUUUAGCUGAGAACGCAGACGAGGAACGGACGAAUCUAGUUUGUUUCUACUGCGGUAAAAAGGGUCACUGUUUAAGGGAUUGUCUGGAAGUAACUGAUAUUGAGCUCAGAGAUCUAGUACAGAACAUAAGUGCUCGGAAUAGAAGAGAAGAAGUGUCAAGCCUAUGCAUUAGAUGUUUUCAGCUAAGUCACUGGGCUGCAACAUGCCCGAAUGCUCCACUGUAUAGUUCAGGAGUAGAUAAAGCGAUAAAGCACGCUUUAGCUUCUACCUCUGGCUCAAAGCUGCUGCCCUUAAGUGGUUUCACAGACGUACCAAAAGCAGUCUUUGAUGCUGUUCAAGUUCUUCGCUUGACCCGCUCACACGUUCUCAAAUGGCUAAAUACCAAGAAGUCUGUAUCGGGUCUUGAAGGGUUCUUCUUGCGGUUAAGGCUCGGGAAAUGGGAAGAAGGGCUUGGUGGAACAGGGUACUACGUAGCUCGCAUAGAUGGGACCACAGAGGUGCAAAGCGCAAGGAGAGAUUCAGAGAGUAGCUCAAUUUCAGUUAAGGUUAAAGGGAUGACUUGCCUUGUUGAGUCUCAGUUUAUCUCAAACCAUGACUUUCUUGAGGAGGAGUUGAAGGUGUGGUGGCGGAGCGUCGAGAAAAGUACCGGUCGAAGCGGCGAUAGCAUCCCGUCGGCAGAGGAACUUAUUCGGAAAAUUCAGCAGAGAAAGAUGUUAGGCUUUUAGGAUCUUUCAAAAUAGAUAAUACAUGUUUUGAGGACCAACUGUAUUUAUUUAAUAGGAUUUUACGUCGACACAUGUAUUUUUUUUCGGUGUGGUUAAAAAUGAGAGUGUAAAUUUCUGGCUAGUUCAGAGGACAUCGAAUGUCUCAAACCAGAUGACGAUCUAAAACUGGAUGUCCAACUUCUAUAGACUUGCGAGUUUUGUUCGCAUCUUUCUGUCUCUCUAACUAUUUAUUUAGCGUCUGUAAAGGAUCUCGUUUCUCAAGUACCACCGCGGAGCUCUUUUAA